UAACAGAAACAAAACAAGAAUGCAGUAAGGUGUCUGGAUAAGAGAUUUGUAUCUAAAAAUCAGUAGCUUUGCGAUGUGCCAGCAGUAAUCUGCUCAGACAUCAGUAAAUAUAUCACUCACAUUUUAAACAAAAAAUUAAAAAUGCCUUGAAAUAAUGUAACCAGAAAUACAAGAAAGGAUAUGAAAACGUGGCUGCUAAAGGACAUGAAAGAAUGUAGUACUAGAUUCUGAGAUGCAACUUUUUUCAUUUGUUCUUCCUGAAAAACCAUUAGGUUGAUGUGCAUUGCAGUGUCAUGGUUAUAUAUGAGUCUAAGGAAAAUCAGAUGAAAUGUCCAAAUUAAACCAUGAAGGUGCAUUGGGUCAGUGGAGCAAAGCAGAGUUAGAGGGAGAAGCAAGGAGGAGGAGGGAUCACGGAGGUGGUAUCUGUCUGUCCCACAGGAAGCAAAAGCUGACGCCCGGUUGCCAGCACACCUACAGUAAACUUCAGGUCCACUGCAUGGCACGUUUCUCGCCACAGUAAAACUAUGAAGGAAGUCAGUGUACAAGAAGCUUCCAGAAAAUAGGCAGAAGACAGUAGCCAGAUGGGCCAAGGGCCCUAGCCACCCACGCCCCUCCCUCUCACUGAAGACCUUCGGCUCCAACCCCACCAUCACCAGGGCUCUGCUCAGCUCCUCCUAGUGUGUGUCACCACAGGGCUGCUGGCUUGUGUCACGUUCACCACCAGACCCCACGUCAGGAGUCCCUCCAGGGGUGUGGGGAGGCAGCGUUUCCUGCUUGGCCGCAGAGCCAUGUGGAACAUGGUGCCUCACAGGCAGUCUGCUUGGAGUCCUGGAGCCUGGCUGUAUCCCACUGGAAAGGAUGUGUCUGGGUCUAAGAUGUGUAUAUAAUAGAAACAUGUAUUCAGAAGCUUUAGUCAAAACUUCAUUUUUAAGUUCAGAGUAAUAAACUCAUAGUCUGAAUUUCCUAAUUUUUCUAUUUAAUUUACAUAACUCAGUUAAGUCUAAAAGUUAAGCAGUUCUUGGUGUGGCUAUUUGUAUGGAUUAAAAGUUUACCAAUAAUAUUUUGUGCCACAGUCAAUGCAAAAUCAUGCUGCCGUGUUCCGUGUGGGAAGCGUGUUGCAAGAAGGUUGUGGGAAAAUCAGCAAGCUCUACGGAGACCUGAAGCACCUGAAGACGUUUGACCGGGGAAUGGUCUGGAACACGGACCUGGUGGAGACCCUGGAGCUGCAGAACCUGAUGCUGUGUGCGCUGCAGACCAUCUACGGAGCAGAGGCGCGGAAGGAGUCACGGGGCGCACACGCCAGGGAAGACUACAAGGUGCGCCUUCUCGCCACACCCACCUGCGCCUGCCUUUUCCUCCCACCUGGUGGGACUCAGCCCCACCACCCCUGCAUUUUCUCUGCAUUUUAUUUCAUUUCCCCAAAAGUAAAUCCAAAAAACGCCUUUUUCCCCCUGGUAACUUUGAUCCCUGGGUUCCCGCCAUCCUCUGGAUCACUGUGACCGUUUCCUGGCUUUGGGUCAGUCUCCACUGAUGGCAGCAGUGGCAUCUCCAAGCCAAUGCGCUUUGCUCUUAGAAGGCCAAGUUUAGAAGUGCAGCCAGAGUGGCAUGACCAGGAAAUAAAUGCCAGUUUAUUAAA